CGCGCUCCCGCCGCCCGAGUAACAUCUGAGCUGACCCGACCUGACCCGACCGAAAGGGUUCGCUAAAAUCAGGCAAGUUUUCCAUCUACUCUUAAAACUGUCUCAUAGCUCCUUGCCAACAUCCAGUCUCUGAAGACCAGGCAUUUCUGUAUUGCCUUUGCUGGCCAUUCCAACCUCUGGUCUGGAAGUUCCCAGAGUAUGAUUCCUGAAGCAGUGGAGAGCAGAAAAUGAGACAUAUGGCUCCAGAGAGGAGGUGCUGGCUGCCAGCACACGCUUCCACAGCAGCAACAGGAGAGCCCCUAAGGCUGCAUCUGGACCCCCAGGUGGGGACCAGGCUUCAGGCUUUCUCUUGCAGGCUCCAGGUGUAAAAUCAGAAGCUGGAAGUGGCACUUCUCCCUCCCGCAUUUUUGGGCGGGCGGGAGGAGGGGGGUGGUCCAACCGCACAAUGACAGAUUAUGCAAAUCGUGGCGGAGCAUCUAAUCAAUCACGGCGGUGGCAGAGGGAUGCGGCUCAUCUCCGAAUUAGCCUCCACCGCCGCGUCCUCGCGUGAAGCAUCCCCCCUUCGGCUGGAAUGACAUCAGAGCGGCUCCGAGUCCUUGAAAGUCUGCGGGUUGAUUAGCGGGAGGAAUCGGCCGCUUCUGCCAAUCACAGCCCGGCGAAGCCGCCCCGAUACUCCCGGAGAUACGCGGGAGAGGAGGCUGACUCCAGCGAACGGGAGCCGAGCGGCAGCGCCGGCAGCGCUGACGGGAGCGGCUGCGCUUGGGGUGAUCGAACAGUUCUCGCUGCCUUUCCGCCGGAGCCUGCCUGCUCCCCGCCGUAAUCCCCGUGCCCAGGGAGAAAGCUGCCUUCUCGACGGUGUGCUGAACAGAGGUUCGGAUCAUUCCAGCCGGCCGCUCGCUUUGAAAAGGACAGUCUGUGUAUAAAUGAGAUGUGACUGUGCCGGCAGAGUUCAGUUACUGGGGCUGGAGCAAGAGGAGCCUUCCUGGGAUGCCUCUCAGGCAGCUGCUAUCAGCUGAAAACUCUCCCUAGUUUACCUGGAGCCGUGUGAAGAGCUUUGAAUAGCAGAUGUCUCUCUCCUGCACGCUAACAAGAGAAAUUCUUCUCUAGAUAAUGUUGAGAGUUCUCUUCAUUGAUUAUUGGCAGCUGCCGCAUUCUGAGAAAACCUCUUUCAAUUUAGCCUUCCGGAUCCUUUGACUUCCCGCUCCGACAGCUUUACAACCUCCCUGACAGCUUCAUAAAUGCUCUGCAAUGGUCACAUGAACGUCUCGGGAGGGGAAUCGGCACCUCUGCAGCUCCUCAUUCCCAUGGAACUUUAGGAAGAGAGAGAACCGGAGAAGCGGCAGGUCCAACCGCAGUUGGGAAGUCCCACGAAAGAUGAAUCUAAUCGUGAAGCUCCGCAGAAGUUUCCAAACGCUGGUCAUUCUCCUGGCAGCCUUCUGCUUGGCCAGCAUCCUCAUCUCUGCCUACUUCCUCUACACUGGAUACAAGCAGGAAAUGACCCUCAUGGAAACCACCAGAGAAGCAGAGUGUGAACCCCUCCAACUUCUACCCUACAGGUCUGUGGAGAUGAGAACAGCCAAGCCAAUUGAUCCGUCCAAAACUGAUCCCACUGUCCUGCUGUUUGUGGAGAGCCAGUACUCCCAGCUGGGGCAAGACAUCAUAGCCAUCCUUGAGUCCAGCAGAUUCCGGUACCACAUGGUCAUAGCACCAGCCAAGGGGGAUAUUCCCCCUCUCACAGAUAAUGGAAGAGGGAAAUACACGAUUGUUAUAUACGAGAAUAUUUUAAAGUACGUAUCCAUGGACUCGUGGAAUAGAGAGCUCCUGGAAAAAUACUGUGUGGAAUACAGUGUUAGCAUAAUUGGUUUUCAUAAAGCCAACGAGAACAGCUCCCCGAGCACCAAACUGAAAGGGCUGCCACUGCACCUCUACAACAACGUGGCCCUCAAGGACUGCGUGGUGAACCCCCAGUCGCCCCUGCUGCGCAUCACCAAGGCGCCGAGGGCUGAGAAAGGGCCCCUGCCCGGGGAGGACUGGACAGUAUUCCAGUUCAACCAUUCCACCUACCAACCGGUGCUUUUAACGGAGCUGCAGCCCUCCAGAGCCACCCCCCCGGCGCUGCCCAGGGCUGCGCUGUACCCCACCGUCAUCCAGGACCUGGGGCUCCAUGAUGGGAUCCAGAGGGUCCUCUUUGGAAACAACCUGACCUUCUGGUUGCACAAACUGAUCUUUAUCGACGCCAUCUCUUUCCUGUCGGGAAAGAAGCUCACGCUGUCCUUGGAUAGGUACAUUCUGGUUGACAUCGACGACAUCUUCGUCGGGAAGGAGGGAACGAGGAUGAAUGUCGACGAUGUGAAGGCUUUACUAGAGACCCAAAAUUUACUGCGCACUCAGGUUGCAAAUUUUACCUUCAACCUUGGAUUUUCAGGAAAAUUUUACCACACAGGGACUGAGGAGGAGGAUGAAGGUGAUGACCUGCUGUUGAGAUCAGUGGAUGAGUUCUGGUGGUUCCCCCACAUGUGGAGUCACAUGCAGCCCCACCUCUUCCACAACGAGUCCUCGCUGGUGGAGCAGAUGAUCCUCAACAAAGAAUUUGCAAUAGAGCACGGCAUCCCGACCGGCAUGGGCUACGCGGUGGCUCCGCACCACUCCGGGGUCUAUCCCGUGCACCUCCAGCUCUAUGAGGCCUGGAAGAAGGUCUGGCACAUCCGAGUGACCAGCACGGAAGAGUAUCCACACCUGAAGCCUGCACGGUACAGACGGGGCUUCAUCCACAAUGGCAUCAUGGUGCUCCCUCGACAGACCUGUGGCCUUUUCACUCACACCAUUUUUUACAAGGAAUAUCCUGGGGGUCCUCAGGAGCUGGACAAAAGUAUCCGAGGAGGUGAACUGUUCCUCACCAUUCUCCUGAAUCCCAUCAGCAUCUUCAUGACCCACCUGUCCAACUACGGCAACGACCGCCUGGGCCUCUACACCUUUGCCAACCUGGCCAGCUUCGUCAAGAGCUCCACCAACCUCAACCUGCAGACGCUGCCCCCGCUCCAGCUGGCCCACAAGUACUUCCAGCUCUUCCCAGAGCAGACAGACCCUCUCUGGCAGAACCCGUGUGACGACAAACGGCACAGGGACAUUUGGUCCAGAGACAAAACCUGCGACCACCUGCCCAAAUUCCUGGUGAUAGGACCCCAGAAAACAGGAACAACAGCCCUUUAUUUAUUCCUUCUGAUGCAUCCUUCCAUUAUCAGUAACCUCCCCAGCCCAAAAACUUUUGAGGAAGUUCAGUUCUUCAACGGCAACAACUACCACAAGGGAAUUGACUGGUACAUGGGUUUCUUCCCCACUCCUUCCAACGUGACCACCGACCUCCUCUUCGAGAAAAGUGCCAACUAUUUCCACUCUGAGGAAGCUCCCAGGAGAGCUGCUUCCCUCAUCCCCAAGGCCAAGAUCAUCACCAUCCUCAUCGACCCGUCCGACCGGGCGUAUUCCUGGUACCAGCACCAGCGCUCCCACGAGGACCCCGCCGCCCUGAAAUUCAACUUUUACGAAGUGAUCACAUCUGGCCCCCGGGCCCCCUCGGAGAUCAGGGCUCUCCAGAAGAGGUGCCUGACCCCGGGCUGGUACGCUGUGCACAUCGAGAGGUGGCUGUCCCACUACCCUGCCUCCCAGUUGCUCAUUAUUGAUGGACAGCAGCUGAGGAGUGACCCGGCCACUGUGAUGGACGAAGUGCAGAAGUUCCUUGGAGUCUCUCCUCAUUAUAAUUACUCAGAAGCUCUAACGUUUGACCCUCAGAAAGGCUUCUGGUGCCAGUUACUGGAAGGAGGGAAAACAAAGUGCCUGGGAAAAAGCAAAGGUCGGAAAUACCCACCAAUGGACCAAGAGUCUCGAGCGUUUCUGUCGAGCUACUACAGAGACCACAACGUGGAGCUGUCCAAGCUGCUGCACAGGCUGGGGCAGCCCCUGCCCUCCUGGCUGCGACAGGAGCUGCAGAAGGUCAGGUAGCACCCAGGGGCACCCCGAGAGCAGGACCAUUCCCUUCACCGCCAAACCCCCGCUUCUCCGACUCACUCGUGAUCGUCAGUGCCGGACCUCAUGGACAACGCUCUUCCUAGCAAAAAAUAAAACAACAAUCCACCAGAGAAUGAUU